UCUAUAAAGGUACGGGCAGAAGAAAGGCAAAGGAUAGACGGUGCGGUAGAGAUCGGAGAGACGCGGCAUGGAAGGACAGACAGGCACUGAGCAGAUUGUGGGGGGGCUGAGUUCACCGAAGAAGGCCAACGGCGAUAUACAAGCAAUCGUUGAACUGGUAAAGCCAGCUGUGGAGAAAGAUAUGGACAUGAAGCUAAAGGAGUACGACGCGAAGUUGUACUGUACGCAGGUGGUUGCCGGGACAAUGUAUUACAUCAAGAUUCAUAUUGGACCCGGAGAUGAAUGCAUCCAUGUCAAGAUCUUUAUCCCACUCCCAAAUCUCGGACAAGAUACCUGCUUUGGAGGCACGCAGAAACACAAGAAACUCUCAGACCCGAUCAUCGGCUUCUAGAGCAGGAGGGGUUCUUUUGAAGACGCUGACCUGGAGUUACACGCAAGCUUCGGUUCUUUGAGGGAAUGGCAUCCACUCUCAGGGUUUCACGACUGGCCACUAUUCGACAUGCCAAACGUUUGGCCUGAGAGUCUCGAUCGUGUUCAGAAGCCUAAGAUCUUGGGGCUCUGGAGACGGUCAGAUCGAGUGUCAGUGUCACUCGUAUGUCGUCGGGGAGGCCGGAAAAUCUUUUGCUGUAUGCCCGAAGACCCGAGCUCUUUGCGAUCUUCGGGCACAGACCAAACGGACUUUUAAGAUCGUAAACCAGCGAGUUGUUGUUAUGUCUCCUGCCCGCUGUGAAAAUGGGGGACGCCUCCCUCUCCCUUGCAGGGAGAGAGAGAACCAGUGUGUUGUCGAAUUCCGAUGAAAUGCGAAACUUCCGGAGUAACUGCAAGAUCGGUGCCCUUGCUAUGGCUUAGCACACGCUUGGACUCGGUGAUUGUAUCGAUGUGCGUUAAAUUUUGCGGGUGGGAGAAGGGGAUCGCUGUCGCUGACGGUUACCCGCGUCAGGGGAUGGCUGCCGGGACUUUGGGGUUCUCAUUUUAACUAUCGUUCAUUCUUUGGGGCACUUCUCUGUUUUCGUGGAUCCUUUGCGAAGAAAAACAACAUUUCAGGAUGUAUAUUGUAUACAUUUCUCUGACAUUAAACUUGUCCUUUGAAACUUUGAAA